GCCAUGUUACUGUUGGAGAGAAAUAAAAGUGGGGCCACUUUCACCCUUUUAGGUUUCUCAGAUUACCCAGAACUGCAGGUUCCUCUUUUCUUGGUAUUUCUGGCCAUCUACAGUGUCACUGUUGUAGGGAAUCUUGGAAUGAUUAUAAUCAUUAAAAUUAAUCCCAUACUGCACACCCCCACGUGCUUUUUCCUCAGCCACCUCUCUUUUGUGGAUUUCUGCUAUUCUUCCAUCAUUGCUCCCAAAAUACUGGGGAACUUAGCUGUAGAAGACAGAACAAUUUCAUUUUUAGGACGUGUAGUGCAAUUCUUUUUCUUUUGUGCCUUUGUGGUGACUGAAAUCUUUUUAUUAGCUGUAAUGGCCUAUGACCGUUUUGUGGCUAUUUGCAACCCUCUGCUCUACACAGUUGCCAUGUCUCAGGGACUCUGUGCUAUGCUGGUGGUGGGAUCAUAUGCAUGGGGAGUAGGGUGUUCCUUGAUACUCACAUGCUCUGCUUUGAAAUUAUCUUUUCAUGGUUCCAACACAAUCAAUCACUUCUUCUGUGAGUUCUCCUCACUUCUGUCUCUUUCUUGCUCCAAUACUUCUCUCAGCCAGUUGCUCCUUUUCAUCAUUGUUACUUUUAAUGAGGUGAGUACAUUACUCAUCAUCCUCACUUCUUAUGUAUUUAUCGUUGUCACCAUCUUAAAAAUGCGUUCAGUCAGUGGUCGUCGUAAGGCAUUCUCUACCUGUGCCUCUCAUCUGUCUGCUAUCACCAUCUUCCAUGGCACCAUCCUCUUCUUCUACUGUGUGCCCAACUCCAAAAACUCCAGGCACACCAUCAAAGUAGCCUCUGUGUUUUACACAGUGGUGAUCCCCAUGCUGAAUCCCUUGAUCUACAGCCUGAGGAAUAAGGAUGUCAAGAAUACAGUCAGCAAGAUAAUGGACACUAAAAUCUUCUCUCAUUGCAUGUUUUUUUAG